UGCUGUAAUUUGAAAGUGGAAUUUAAGAGGGAGUGGAAAAACCUAGGAGGUUGCAGGAUGGGUUGACGAACACACUAGAAGCAGCAUUGUGUAUUGUUACGAGUCAAAGGGGUAAGGCUCGUAACAAACAAAAAAUUUAUGUACAAGGUAUUUAAGAAGUAAGUCCUCAAUAUUGUAUAUGUGAGUUCAGCACAUGUGCAUUCACCCAUAUGCGAGGACCCUGUUCCUACCAGAAAUUCAAUUAAUGCGAGCAAACUUCACCCUUAUGCGAGUAAGUGCGUCAUCACCGAGUCAUAUUUUAUCGGCUAUUCUCGAGUGGUGUGCGUCACUUCCGUCCACUUGUGCUCAGUCUCGCAUCAGCCCUCUUUCCAUGUGGACUGCUGGUCUAUCACUCCUGUGGAUUCUUCAUGAUUUUGUGUGUUUUUCACCCAUUAUCCAUAUUUUUCAAAUAAUAUGGCUUCCAAGCAUCCUGCAUUAUCUUCUAGUCCCUGUUCAUCCAUGAAGAGGAAGAGAACAGAGUGAACAUUGGUACUAAUGUUAGAAAUUUUAAAUCAUUGAGAUGGGUGAGGGAGCAUCAGCACUUGACCGUUACUACAACCUGGGCGAAUCCACGAUUCAAAAUAUUAAGAAGAAUGCCGAUAAGAUAUGGUAUGCUGUUCAGCAUGCAACACCUCUUUCGGCCAAAGUUACAACGAAGGUGAGAAAUCCAGAGAUUGAGAAGAUGGAGAAGAUACUUUUAAUGUACAUAGAGCAUGAAAACAAGAAAAGCAGGUUUUGCAAUAUACUGGGAUUUGGGCUGAGGCUCUGAAAAUCUAUGAACACUUGCGUUAAGAAAAGGGUUCUGCUGACAUAACCUGCAUCAUCUGAAAGUGACUGGGGAAACAGCAAGUGCGGAUCAUGUUGCUACAGCUAAGUUUCCCAAGGAGACUCAAGCUCUCAUAGCAGAGAAGGGGUAGAGCUCUAAACAGGUGUUCAGAUGGAGUUUUUGUGGAAGCAGCAAAACACAUGUCAAUGAAGAGAAUGGCAAUCUUUUUUUUAAAUGCUUAAAAACUUGCAGAGGAAGCAAUGAACAUGGACAUCAGUUUGGACAGAAGCCUGCAGUUUAAGUGUAGUUUAGAUAAUCUUACAGUCAACAAGGAGGUUUAUGGUGAAAACAAUGGAAAGCAAAACAGACCACUUUGUUACAAUUUCUAAGGCCUUCCACCUCCACCCAUGGCCCCUCAACCUCUAGCACACCCUCACCACUGGUGCUGUCUGAUGAGGGCAACACUCUUGAUGUUGGCCCUCUUGAUGUCACACUCCCUCAUAUGGAUUCCAACCCUGAUGACCCUGCAGAUGUCACUCUAACACCAUCACCCACUAUGUAAAACCUCUACCACCACCUCCAUCAUCUCGUGUACCCAAGGUGAUGCAUCUGCUCUUAUUGGUGUCGUCAUCGUCAUGGUGCAGUUCGAGGGUAAAUAUCAACAUGAAAGAUCAGACAACUUCGACGAAUUCCUCAAGGCUAUUGGAGUACCGAUGAUCCCCCGCAAGAUGGUGACGUCGUCUAACCCGGUGGUGGAGGUGGUGAGGGAGGGCGACCGCUGGACCAUCCGCAUGAACACUCUCAUCAGGACCAUCGAGUACAACUUUACCCCCGGCGAGGUUAUCAGCUCAGAGACCAUGGGUGGUUUGGCCCAGAACGUGUUCACCAUCGAGAACGACUGUAUCAGGCAGACGCAGAGAUCUGACACGUACACGACGGAGGUGAUCCGGGAGUUCUUCGACGACAGCCUCGUCAUGACCUUAACUCACGUGGAGUCUGGGAUCGUGUGUCACCGAUACUUUAGGAGGAUCUAACAUCACCCAGUUUAUGCUCUUAUCUCAAGCGUGACUACAAAAUGAUGAUCGAACACUAAGAAGUUGACGACUGUCUUCUACGCUGGUAUAAAGGAUGAAACAUCACGGAGUUAAGGCUCUUCUCUCAAAAGUUAUGAUAAAGCAGGAUCGAUCAUCACUGAGGUGACGUUCAUCAUCAGUAUUUAUACAAAAGGAGAAACUUACCACGGAAGUCACUCUCUUCUCUCAGUAUUAACACAAAAAGAGGACCAAACAUCACACAUUUAUACAACAUUCUUCAGAUUUCACGUAGUGUAGAUUUUAGUUCAGCAAGAAUUAUAAACAGUAUUAUAUUUUAAGUUGAUUGCAGUUUUAAGUUCUGAACUGAAAAUCUGAGACAAUAAUUUUACUGUUAAGUUUUAUUGCUAUUGAGAAUAGUAGUUGGAGUUAAGCCAGAGUUGAGACACAAACAACUGAGAUGGACCGGUGGAAUGGUGUCUGAUUGGCUGAUACUCUGUCCUGGGAGGAGCGAGAAAAAAAACCUUACUUUUGUGCAUUUAAUUUCAUGUCAGUCAGAAGAAAAUAGAAUUAAUAUUAUCUGGUCGGUCAUAGAAUUAUUGGAGUGAGGCGGUCGAGCGGAUACAACGUUCACCUCCUGUGCCGGGGAAGCGACUCCCGGGCGCUCCCAGUUCACCCAGCUGUAAAUGGGUACCUAAAAAGCAUACUAUAAUUUGGGGAAGUGAAGGCUGUCGAGUACCGGCCAUGCUACCCUCUUGUGUGCUGGAUCCAUACUGUCCGUAAUGGGCAGUCAUGCUUAUGGGACCCACUUUCACGUUCAAUAGAAUUAUUGGUGAUCAAUCAAUUUAAAUGCUAAACUCUAGGAUACUUAGUCAUAAAUACAGCGGGAUAAUGAAUAGUUUGUACGUCAGCCAAUGAGAAAGAUGUGCAGCAACAAAGUUAACUCAUAUAAAUAUUUUACACAAUAUACAGCUGUUUUGUAUAGGUGAUAGAAUCUAUGAUAUUUUAUUUAAUUCAUAUCCUUGAUAAUAUUCCCGUUUGCACCGGUCAGGACAUGUUUGUUUUUAUCACAGGGUCUAAUAAUCAGCCAAAACUGCCUGUAGGCGGUGCCACACAGGCACGUGUACCAGCAUUUUUCGCUUUCGGCUGUGGUUUUACCCGCAGCUUUUAAGAAAUGUGUUCACACGACGGGAAUACUAUUAUCACUGGAAACGCAGUGGAGCUGCUGGAGCCAAACCAGAACAGUAACAAGAUUGAUGCCUAUGAAGUCUUUGGCGAUGAACUGUUAGCACUUACAACUUUUGCUUUGCAUUGUGUUAAGUGUAAACGUGAGAAGAAACGCUUGUGGACUAUUAUAGUUCCUGAAUGGCGAGAACAAAGAAAGUUUCGUCUUGAACUGCAGAAUCAGAUUAAACUAACAAGAUUAUCCCUAAUUAACACUAUUUUUUUUCAAUAAAUUUCCACAUGUGUAUAUAAAUUAAAGUUCCAUUCAUUGUGGAAAUAAAAAGAUAAAUGCUAGUAAGCGGACAAGGAGGAAGAUGUAUACAACUGAGUCAAAUUAUCUAUUGUACAUUUUAUUAAUAUUUUUUUUUAUUUCUUUUAACUUUUAAUAUAAUACAAUAGUGGUUUUCGAAAACCAGCCUCUAUUACUAGUGUGACGCCGCCUUUAUGUUAUGCAGGCCAAGGACUAAAAACGGUAUUUUAUCCUUGGUUUAUACCACCUGCCUAUAAUUAGGAAAUUGAACUUAGAUGCUUAUGGAAUGUUGCUAUUAUCUUAGUAUAAUAACAUAAAGCAUGACAAAAAAAUGUGCGGAGUGUGUUUUGAGGAGCAAUGAUUGCACCGUCACAGAAGAACUACCAGAGAAUAAAUGAUGUUACAUCUAGCUAAUGUUCCGACGAUAUGUUUUUAGAACUUUACCUUACUUCAGUGAACAGUAAAUGCACGUGAUAAGUAAAAUACUUUAGGACUGUAAUUAUGCAUUAUAGAAACUCAUGCUAAAAUAAAAUAAAAAAUCUGUGCUAUUAUAGUCACUCCAUUAUUGUCUACAAGGAGCGAAUAGUAAGCUUCAGAAGAAAAAAAACAGCUAAUCUAUUAUGUAA